AUGAUUCCUGACAUCCCACCCAAUUAUCCUCCAGCGCGCCCCGACCUCAAGGCUUUCCGACCUCCCAAAUCCCAAUCGAAAAUAGCUUAUUGGGUAUGGCGGGUGCACAUGUGGAUAGAAGGGACAUUUUCGCUGGCUAUGCUCGAGCCUUGGGAGAAACUUCUGCUUUUGAUCAUCUUCCUCACAACUUUCACACUUUUGGCUACUGGCAUUGUUCGAUACCUCCCGCACCAUAUUUCAGUCAUGAAAGGCCGGGCUGUGUACUACCUGUGGGGAAGCGAAAGUGGGGAGAGUCCGGUAUUUCAAUGGCUUGGGAAGACUGCUGGUUCCAAUGGUGGUAAUCCCGGAAUACCAAUGGGAGAGCUGUAG